CGUUUCAGCCGCAUACCAGCAUGUCCGAAUUUAAUAUCAGAGUCUUUAGUUACAAGGAGCUUGAAGAAGCAACCGAUGGAUUCAAAGAAGAACUGGGAAGAGGGGCCUUCGGUUCAGUUUAUAAAGGUGUGUUGUCAUCCUACAUUAGCACUAAUAUUGCGGUGAAGAAGUUAGAUAGGCUGCUUCGCGAGAACGAGAAGGAGUUCAUAAAUGAGGUGAGAUCUAUUGGGCAGACUCAUCACAAGAAUCUGGUCAGAUUGAUUGGAUACUGCAACGAAGGGACGCACAGACUUCUGGUGUACGAGUACAUGCGAAACGGGUCGUUGAUUGGCUUCUUGUUCGGCAAUACAAAGCUGCAUUGGCAGCAGAGGGUCCAAAUCAUAUUUGGAAUCGCAAGAGGAUUGCUUUACUUGCACGACGAGUGCAGCACUCCGAUCAUCCACUGUGACAUCAAACCUCAGAAUGUACUCCUGGAUGACAAUUUUGUGGCUAGGAUUUCGGAUUUCGGGUUAGCGAAGCUGCUGAGGGCUGACCAGACUCGAACCAAUACCGGCAUAAGGGGAACCAGAGGGUACGUAGCACCAGAGUGGUUCAAGAGCAUGGCGAUCACGAAGAAGGUGGAUGUGUACAGCUUUGGUGUGAUGAUGCUGGAGAUCAUAUGCUGCCGGAAGAACUUGGAAACAGAGAUCGGGGAAGAGGAGGAACCGGUGCUCAUUUACCUGAAAAUAGCUGAUCUGUUUUCAAAUGGUUUUCAGGUGCUUCAUGCAUGUUACAGUAAAGUAUCUCCAUCUGCUGAAGUGGAAAGUCCUGAGCUUGUAGCUUGGUCAGAAUCAGUUGCUGAAUUGCUUGAUUUGGAUCCAAAAGAAUUUGAGCGGCCUGAUUUCCCUUUAAUAUUCUCUGGAGCAUUACCUCUAAAGGGAGGGUUACCUUAUGCACAGUGCUAUGGGGGUCACCAAUUUGGUGUGUGGGCUGGUCAGCUAGGGGAUGGACGCGCAAUUACUCUUGGUGAGCUUCUAAAUUCUCGAGGCGAAAGAUGGGAAUUGCAGCUUAAGGGUGCUGGGAAGACUCCUUAUAGCCGAUUUGCAGAUGGUCUGGCAGUCCUUCGUAGCAGCAUUCGUGAAUUUCUUUGCAGUGAGGCAAUGAUUGGACUAGGAAUUCCCACUACUCGUGCACUCUCUCUUGUUACCACUGGCAAAUUUGUUAGUCGAGACAUGUUUUACGACGGCAAUCCUAAGGAUGAACCUGGUGCAAUUGUUUGCCGUGUUGCUCAGUCCUUCCUGCGUUUUGGUUCAUAUCAAAUUCAUGCCUCUAGGGGAAAAGAAGACCUUGAUCUUGUUCGAACUUUGGCAGAUUACACAAUUUGCCAUCAUUUUCCCCAUAUUGAGAAAAUGAGCAAAAGUGAUGACUUGUCUUUUGAGGUCGGUGUCGAGGGCUCUUUGAUAGUGGAUCUGACAUCUAACAAGUAUGCAGCUUGGUCAGUUGAGGUUGCUGAGCGGACUGCUUCCUUGAUUGCCAGUUGGCAAGGAGUUGGCUUCACCCAUGGUGUUCUGAACACCGAUAACAUGAGUGUGUUGGGUCUGACCAUUGACUACGGGCCUUUUGGUUUUCUGGAUGCAUUUGAUCCAAGUUAUACUCCAAAUACUACAGACCUUCCUGGGAGGAGGUACUGUUUUGCAAACCAGCCUGAUAUUGGCUUGUGGAAUAUUGCACAAUUUACUGCAACCUUAUCGGCUGCACAAUUGAUCAGCAAAGAGGAGGCAAACUAUGCUAUGGAAAGAUAUGGAGACAAAUUCAUGGAUGAAUACCAGUCCAUAAUGACCAGGAAACUAGGUUUAUCCAAAUACAAUAAACAACUUAUAAGUACCCUUCUCAACAACAUGGCUGUUGACAAAGUUGAUUACACAAACUUCUUUCGGUUGCUUUCAAAUAUAAAAGCGGACACUGGUACUCCCAAAAAUGAGCUCCUCGUCCCUCUUAAAGCUGCUUUGUUGGACAUUGGCCAGGAGCGGAAGGAGGCAUGGACCACUUGGGUGCAAACCUAUAUUGAAGAGUUGGUUGCUAGUGGUACGUCGGACGAUGAACGGAAGGCCGCGAUGAACUCUGUUAACCCAAAGUACAUCCUCCGGAACUAUCUGUGCCAAAGCGCCAUCGAUGCAGCUGAACAAGGUGACUAUGGGGAGGUUCGCAGGCUUCUGAAACUCAUGGAGCACCCAUACGAUGAUCAACUGGGAAUGGAGAAGUAUGCACGGUUGCCACCUGCAUGGGCUUACAGACCUGGUGUGUGCAUGCUAUCAUGCUCAUCUUGAGGAUGAAUUUGAUUGGGCAUAACUGCCAUAUACUCAAACCUGAUUGUAUAUACCAUUAAAAAGUUUUACUCCGAUAAUGUAUUAUGAGGAUAGUGCUAUCGAAUGCAUCACCCGUUCUGUUUAUUAGUUUACGUUUCUAUGCUUAACCAGUGGUUAAUCUGUGUUGUAAUCGAAACCUUCCAACCUUUCUCUGGGAAGUGAUGCAUUAGAUAAAAGGGUCGAUGUCAAUUUCCUGUCA